AUGGACGGAGCAGACGAGGGGGCUUUGGACGUGGAUUUAUUAGCUGACGAUGGGUCCGACGAGGAAUGUGAAGCCCCGCCGUCUUCAGACUUUUAUGCAGGGCCUGCUUCAACGCCGACAUCAUGCGCGUCAUCACCCCGCGGCGAAGAACCCGCCUCUCCUCUUGCCGUGGUGUCGCAGCCCGCAUUCUUUCACCAUCAGACUUACACUCGUCCAUUCGUAACAUCAGGCAGGAGAGGUCCUGGAAGGCCUCGGAAAGAAGGGGCAAAAUUAGCGCGGGAAGGAAAGAUUGUGAGACGCUACCGUGGAAAUCCAGGCUCAUUAAGAGGAGCUAAGAGACACAGAAGCAGUCGUGAUGAAGCUCUCGAUGACAUGUUAGAUGAAGAUGACUUCACUAUGCCCGCCCCAGAGGAACCACCAUACAUGCCAGAAAAAUGGCCUGGUAAAGUUUGUGCCUUAUGUAAUCUAAGUGAGCGUAGCCAGCUUGGACAAGGAGAAAUGAGGCAAAUAGCAUGUAAUAUAGAAGGAGAAGGGAGUCUUCCACCAAGUGUUAGUAACUCUGGAGGUGCCACACCCACCAGUGUCACAACUCCAAGCACACCCACCCUACCAUUGCCUGCUGGGUUGACAUCUCCACCCCCAGAGUUAUUAGAUAUGAAUGUCAAUCAACAGCAGCAAGUUCUACCUUUAAGUAGACGUCAAAAGGCUUUUAACAAAUGCAAGACACCCCUUUACAACAUGGAACAUACUGAUGAACUAUCAAUAAUUGGAUUUUCCGAGGCAUUAGAGCUACCAGCAGUCCUAUCUUCUGGAAAUUUUUACAUCCACCGCUGCUGCCUCGAGUUUAGUCCCCCUUUUCAAGACCAAGUUGCUGCUGCAUGCACAUCUGAAGAGGAAAAAGAACAAGUUGAAGAAGCUAGAAUCAAAGGAAUUGUUAAUGCUGCGCUUUCUAGGAAAUGUGCCUUCUGUCAGAGACAUGGAGCCAGCAUACCAUGCAAGAUGAGUUGUAGUAAAUAUUUUCAUCUGCCAUGUGUUCUUGCAUCUGGAGGCUUUAUGGAUUUUCAAACUAAAUCAUCAUUUUGUAAAGAUCAUUUGUACCAAGCACCACUUGUAUGUACAGCAGAUAUAGAUUGUAGAACUUGCCGAACUAUUGGUGACAUGUCUAACUUAAUGACUUGCGUUACCUGUGGUGCACAUUAUCAUGGAACUUGUGUAGGACUCAAGCAACUGCCAGGCGUCCGCGCGGGCUGGUCGUGCCGCGCGUGCCGCGUGUGCCAGGUGUGCCGCGAGGGCGGCGCGGGCGGCGCGGGCGAGGCGCGCGCCGUGGCGUGCGAGCACUGCGACAAGCUGUACCACGCCACGUGCCUGCGGCCCGUCAUGGCCACCGUGCCCAAGUACGGCUGGAAGUGCAAGUGCUGCCGCGUGUGCUCCGACUGCGGCGCGCGCUCGCCCGGCGCCGGCCCGUCGUCGCGCUGGCACGCGCACUACACGGUGUGCGACUCGUGCUACCAGCAGCGCAACAAGGGCUCGUGCUGCCCGCUGUGCCGCCGCGCCUACCGCGCCGCCGCCUACCGCGACAUGAUCCGCUGCUCGGCCUGCCGGCGCUACGUGCACGGCUUGUGCGACCCGGAGGCCGACCCGCAGCAGUACCGCCUCAAGAAGGAGCAGAAUCCCGCCUACGAUUACUGCUGCCCCAUCUGUAAAUCAAACAUGCUGGCGGGAUCCAAGUCUGGAUCAUUUGAAGAAGACAAUAUGGCAUCGACGUCGCAAGAUUCUUCUUUUGGCGACGAAAACAAUCAGGAUCAGGACCCUCUUGCCAUUGAAUCGAAGGCUGAUGUAGGUCUCGGUAAAGGCAAGCCAUACACGGUAUCUUCCAAAAUAGCGAAAAAGAAAAUAGGUGGUUAUAAACUCAAGGGAGGAUUUCCACCAGCUGGAAAGCUAGCAUUUCAGAAACGCCAAAGAUCCGUUUUGGACUUUGGACGGAAGAGAGGAUCUAAACCAAAGAUGAGGGGAGUUUUUGGUGUUCCAGGACUUGGCUUACAAAGGCCACAAGCCCCUGACAAUAAAACAGCUGAAGAUGAUCCAGGUGUAGAAAACAAACUAGUAUUGUGUUCCAGUAAAGACAAAUUUGUACUAACUCAAGACCUCUGUGUGAUGUGUGGUGCGAUCGGAACUGAUUCGGAAGGAUGCCUCAUAGCGUGUUCCCAGUGUGGACAAACCUAUCAUCCCUACUGUGUUAAUAUAAAGGUGUCGCAAGUGAUCGUGAGCCUGGGCUGGCGCUGCCUGGACUGCACCGUGUGCGAGGGCUGCGGCUCGCGCGGCGACGAGCCGCUGCUGGUGCUGUGCGACGACUGCGACACGGCGUGGCACACGUACUGCGCGCAGCCCGCGCUGCCCGAGGUGCCGCGCGGCGCCUGGCGCUGCACGCGCUGCCGCCGCUGCCUCGUGUGCGGCACGCGCGACACGCCGCGCUGGUGCGACAACUACACGGAGUGUGCGCCGUGCGCGUCGCUGGUGAUGUGCUGUGUGUGCUCGGAGCCGUACUCGGACGGAGAGCUCAUCAUCCAGUGUACCACUUGCUCGCGCUGGCUGCACGCCGCCUGUGACUCCAUCCGCAGCGAGGCCGAAGCCGAGGCUUGUUGCCGAGCAGGAUACAAGUGCGUGAUGUGCCGCGGGCGCGAGGUGCCGCCGCCGCACAUGGCGCGAGCCGUGCAGGCGGCGGGCGCGGGCCGCGCGCGGCCGCGCCUCACGCCGCUGGCGCUGGGGCUGGCGGGCGAGUACUACGUGGACGACGUGUGCCUGUCCCAGCGCGGCGCUCACCACAUGAAGCAGCUGGAGGCCGAGAUGGGCAUAACGCACACUCGACGCAAGAGACGCUUCAAGAACGAGAACACGGAGAAGGACGCCGAAAUAAUGGCAUCUAUUGAAACAGUGGUUCAGAAUGCAGAAGGGGAGAUGGGUGACGAGACCAAGCCUGACAGCACGGCUGAAGUCAAAGAGGAACCAGGAUUAGCAUCCAACACCAAUCUUAAAGAAGGCAUUCUUUGGAAUGUUGCAAAUGACGGACCCGUACCUGAAGGGUUCACAAUUUACACUACGGAUUCGGGCCUCACCGUGUUGCGGAGGAAACGACAGAGGAACUUGAACAAGCUCGGCAUCGGAGGGUUUGUAGUAAGACAAAGACAUACAACUGCAAAAGCUCAAGCUGAUGAUGAAAAAGAAGGUGAUGGGACGCAAGGUUCUGGAGAAUCACCAAGCAAUAAGCGUAAACCGCGUCGAAAGCCGCGUUCUAAAUUAAUGGAGCAAUUUCCUUCCUAUAUGCAAGAAGCGUUUUUCGGCAAGGAACUACUCGAACCUACGAAACCCGCCGUCAGUUCUACAGGUUAGUAGUAAAUACAUGCAAAUAAAAACGAGUACAAUUUUUUUUUAAAUCCGGCGGGCGCGGGCGAGGGCGAGGCGGCGCGCGCCACGCCCGAGGCGCUCCGCGAGCCGCGCGAGCUCGACAACUCGGACAGCGACGCGGACGACGUGCUCGCCGCGCUCACCACCUUCAACGAGAACGACGCCACCGUCUUCAUCACGCUCAACGCGGAGGAAAGUGAACUACUUCGGUCACUGAAGCCUAAGGAGGAAAAAGACGACUGCAUCAACGCAUUUAAUGAUUACUACAAGCUUAAAUCGGAGGCCUCAGAGGAGGGACAGCUGAAGCAUACAGAAGACUCCACUGCGCUAAAGAACGCCAUACUGGGCCCACAGUUGAGCGAGCCUGAGCAGACCCCUUCCGAGACACCGACACAUGUGACCAAGACCGAGAAUAAUAAUACAGGUGAAAAUACAGGUUCGCAGUCGACGAUUUCUCCAAAGGAUGAGUUGUCUCUUCUGGGCGUGAACUUAGACGCGAUGGUGCGCGACUCUCUGCCCGACAUGGAUAGUAACGACGUCGACGAGAUUUUCAAGGGCGUGCUCACUGACGAUUCGCAGGAGUCUCAAGAGUCAUCUGUGUCACACGUCACCUCAAUGACAGGCACACCCUAUUCGCAACAGCGUCAACAAUUGCAGAGUCCUAUGGAAUAUGCCUCACCAUAUCAUACUGAAUUUGGAAGCAAGUCAGCGUGUCGCAGCUCGCUGAGCCCGCUGUACGGCGAGGGCGCGGCGGGCGCGGGCGCGGGCGCGUGGAGCGAGCAGCCCGCGCCGCCGCCCUCCUACAACCAGCGCAGCGCCGACAAGAUGCGCGCCGACGAGAGCCUCGGGUCCGCGGCGACGAUAUCGGCCGUGCUGUACGCGAACACGAACCACCCCGAGUGGAAGACGGAGUUCCCGAACUGGGUGGACCGCUGCAAGCAGAUCCUCAAGAAGUGGCGCGCGCUCCCCUCCGAGCAGAAGGCGCCCUACCUGCAGCGCGCGCGCGACAACCGCAGCGCCAUCCGCAUGAAGAAGGCGCAGCAGGUACGUGCCGGCCCGCGCGAGAAUCUAAGACGAUUCGUCGCCGAGACGGGACGUACUAAGCGUUGGUUGGCGCGGCAGAGCUCGAGCGGCGCGGCGGAGGCGGAGGGCGGGCGCUCGCCCGCGACGCCUGGCGCCUCGCCCGGCGUGAACGCGCCGACUGGCGCCCAGCCCAGCGCCCCGCCCGGCGCACCGCCCAGCGCCCCGCUCGGCGCCUCGCCCGGCGCGCCGCCCAGCAGCGCCGCAGUCGGACCGGUGCGCGCGCCCAACGUGACGGUGACGGCGGGCGGGCUCCUGGAGGCGGACGCGCACAUCCGCGUGCUCACCCCCUCCGAGAUCAUGCGCACGCUGCCGCGCCUCGCGCCCCCACCCGCGCCCCCCGCGCACCUCCCGCACCUCGCCCACCUCGCGCCCGUGCCCGCGCCAUACACGGAGCAGGAGCGCGCGGUGAGCCAGCAGCGCAGCGCGCGCGAGGCGGAGCAGGAGCGCCAGUGGAAGCAGCUGCAGCAGAUGCGCCAGCAGCAGACGCAGCAGCAGCAGCAGAUCAUACACGACCAGCGCCUGCAAGGUAGCGCUAUAUCACGGCGCGCGCGACCAGCGAUGCAGCGGCUGCGCGGCGCCGAGGGCAGCCCGCCGCCCGACGCGCCGCGCGCCGCCUUCCCCGCGCAGCGCUUCCCGCUGUACGCCAGCGACGACAUCAACCGCCAGCUGCGCGACCUGCUGCAGCGCCACCCCGAUAAGAUGUGGCCGCCGCGUGAGUGUUGCUCUAUAAUAUGUAUUGUCAUUGAUUGUCUCUAUUUAGUAAAAAAAAAAAAAAACCUAUAUUUAGGGUCUGUGGAUACACUUGUAGUUGCUGGCACAGCAUCCUCUAUCUAUCUUUUCGAUCCCGGUUUCUUGAGCUUCGUCAAUACAAUGACUGUGCCUUCGAUAAAUCUACUUUCAAAUAACGGCAUCAGUACAAAUGUCCGCUCCCUCCACCGAGUUCUUAUAAUUCAACAUCGUCUCGUCACCGGAGAGAACGCCCAGAUGCAGCAAAUCAUUACAACUCCGAACACCGCACAAAUUAUAGACCAGAAGCAAGGUGCUUCGUCCCAAGCUUCCAAUAUCGACAAACAAGACACCGGGGCUGACCAAGGAACCGAUGAGAUGGACAUCGGAGACAUGGACAAACUGGAACAAGAUUCGGGAAAUAUAGGAGAGGUGGACAUCCUGACGGGGUUGGGCGGCGAGGACGACGAGGAGCUGCUGGAGUCGCUGACGGCGGAGAUUGGCGAGCAGUUCAACAUCCUAGAGUACGCAGACCCCGAGCUGGCGGCGCUGGGCGACGAGCACCUGCUGGACGGGCUCGAGCUGCCUGACGACGUGCCCGAGCGCCUCGAGCGCCACGCCAAGCGCUCGCCCGAGGAUGAAUCUGAUCCUAAGAUGGACAAUAAGAUGGACAGUGAACUACAUAAGUCAGUAAAGAAUAUAGAAUCCACGAAAUCGGACGUUAAACAUGACUCGACUAAAGUGAAAUCCGAAUCACAAGAUUCAAAACCUGAUGCGCCUGUGACAAGCAUAGGCCAGAUGUUCCAGGAUGGAAUUCAGAGAGUUAUAUCACAGAAUCAUCAGAUGUCUUUGCAGUCGACAAUGCAGGUCGUGAAAGCGGAGAAGAAGGGAGAAGUGGACGACGUUAAAUCCGAAAACGACUGGCCGCGUCCCGUCUUCUCUAAUAUGUUUGGUCUGCAGCUGCAACAGCAGCAGCAGCAGUCGGCCGCGCGCGCCAGCCCGCAGGCCGCGCCCGCGCCCGCGCCGCGCCCGCAGGGCCAGUUCGUCGGCCAGCACGUGCAGUUCGCGCAGAGGGAGUGCGCCAGUGUGUUUGACAGUGGUCGUGAUCGACAGGGCGGCGCGGCGCUGAGCGCCAGCACGCAGAGCAUCGUGAGCGCCAUGACGGCGCAGGUGGCGGCGGCGCUGGCGGCGGGCCGCGCCAUCGCGCCCGGCACGCGCCUGCUGGGGGCCGACGGCGCCGUGGGCGUGGUGCGCCACGACCGCUCCGUCACGCUGGCCGCGCUGCCCGCGGCGGGCGCGGCGGGCGCGGCGGGGGUCCGCAGCGCGCCGCCGCCCUACCCCGGCCUGCGCGCGCCGCCGCCUCCGCCCUACCCGCAGCUCCAGGCGCCCUUUGACGCGGACGCGUGGGGCGACUGGCUGCACCGCCGCCCGCUGCUGCUGCAGGAGCAACCGUUGCUUCUGGAGGAGCUGUUGGAGCAAGAGAAGCGUGAGCAGGAGCGCGAGGGCGGCGAGUGGGCGGGCGGCGCGGCGGCGGGCGCGCUGAGCGGCGCCGGGCCGCCCGCCCCGCCGCCCGCGCCGCCGCCCUCCGUGCCGCUGUUCGGCGCCGCGCCGCCGCCCGCGCCGCCGCCGCCGCCCGAGCGCGCCGCCGGCGAGGCCGACCACCACGCGCGCCUGCUGUACGAGCAGUGGCUCAAGCAGUACAACACGUUCGCCGCCGACCAGCUGCGUUACUACGAGCAGGAGGUGCAGAAGCUGCGCAAGAUCCGCAAGUCGCUGAAUAGUAAACAGCGUCAGUUGAGAAAAUCUGGCAACGAGUUGAUGCCGAACGACGCCGCCGAGUUGCAGCGUGUUUCGACCGAGCAACAGGCUCUUCAGAAACACCUGGAAGCUGCUAGAAAACAGGCUAGACAGCAUAGCAUGCUUAUACAAGAAUAUGAAACUAAACAACGUCAACAAAACCCUCAAUUGGCCCAACAGACGGUGAUAAAUCAACAGCAGCUAACUAAUCAAAAUGUAUUCGCACAGAAUCAAAAUAUUGCCCAAAGCCAGCAAAUGCAACAACAAACUAUUAAUCGACCGAUGCAAAUAGGCCUUCAGGGCUCCACGAUUCAGCAGCAGACAUUAAUUCGCACCCAACAGUCGAUACUUGGUUCUGACGGUCAACCGCUGUCUCAACAAAGAAUAGGCUUAGUGACCUCGCCGAUGAGCGCUCAAGGGCGGAUCCUGCAGGGCGGGCGCACGCUGGUCAUCGAGCAGGCGGGUGCGCCGCAGCAGCAGCUGGUGCGCCAGUUGUCCGCCGCUCAAGAGCGGCCGCAGUCGGUGGGCGGCAUCGUGCAGUUCGGACAGUCAGUGAGGAACGCCAUGCCGGCGGGCAGCCAGACGCCCCGCCCGGGUGGCGCUCGGCCCGCGAUGUCUCCGCUACACGUACAAUCUCCGCAUUCUCAAUCACCGCAUCAUUCUAUCGCUCCUCAGUCACCUUUACACCCGAUGCAGAGUCCGAUGCAGUCGCCGUUGCAUUCGCAGCAGUCUCCGUUACAUCAUACUUCACAAUCUCCUCUACAUCCGUCCACCCAAUCUCCACUUCAUACUCAACAAUCGCCGAUGCACUCUCAACAGUCGCCGAUGCAUGUUCAGCAAACCUCUAAUAUGCCGCAACAGAGCCCGAUGCAUCCUCAACAAAGUCCAAUGCAUCCGCAACAGUCACCGAUCCACCAGCAGUCAGCGAUGCAUCCACAAAAUCAAAUGUCUACACAACAUUCUCCGAUGCAUCCGCAGCAGAGUCCGAUGCAUCCACAACAAAGCCCGAUGCAUCCGCAACAGAGCCCGAUGCAUCCACAACAGAGCCCGAUGCAUCCGCAACAUAGUCCGAUGCAUCCCCAACAAAGUCCGAUGCACUCCCAACAAUCUCCGAUGCAUUUACAACAGUCUCCGAUGCAUACACAACAAUCACCAAUGCAGUCAUCGAUGUCUCCGCAACAUUUCUUACAACAGUUACAAGCUCAGAGGACGAGCCCACAAUUGCCGACUCCUAGUCGUAGCCCUCAGAUCUAUCAGCAGUCACAAAUACAAAGUCCAGUAGCGUCUCAUUCACCGCAAAUGCAAAAUAAUGAUUAUGGAACGGGCAGAUUCCCACGCCCAGCAUCAGGAUGUUCACCUCUGCCUACACGAUUCGCUCGACCACCACACCAUCAGCAAGGUAUGAGAGUCGGCGUACCUUUCGGCGGCCGUCAACAAACUUCGCCACUUGGCAGCCCACAACCUCUUCCUUCGCCUGGAAAUUCUAAUAACGAAAUAGCUCGUCAACAGAUGCUUCAAAGGCAGCAGUAUAGUCCUAUGGGCGGGGCCCCGGCGUCGCCCUCGUUGUCCCGGUCGCCGCACGUGGCGCGCACGCCCACGCCGUCUGCGUCGCCGGCCGCGUCGCCCGCGCCGCACCACGAGCACGGCGGCGGCGCGCACCACCACCACAUGGCGCCCGUACCUCCGGGAUACAGAUACUUCAAAGUUGGUCUCUUCGGGGGCGCGCCCGUGUGGCCCAACAAAGAGGACGACCGGCGUCGGGCUACUCAUAUCAAUAAAGUCUCUAUAUUGAAGCGGAGAACCCCCCCUCGUCCGAGAUUCACGGGAAAGACUGCUGCGCCGUGUCCGGAAAACCGAUCCGACGAAAUGGGCGAAUCGAGUGAAACCAGAAAAUACGUUCUUUUCGCCAAAGACGAUGACGAUGAAGAUAUACAAGAGUUUGUAGAUCACUUAGACGAUGACGAUAUUGUCGUCGUCGAACCUGGAGCGAUAUCUCCAGAAGAACGUAUUGCCACUGAGGAAGAUUUCGAGGAGUUGAUUGAUAGUGGAAAACCAGAAGAUGAGGCCGAAGAAGAAGUGUCUCAGGAUAAACCUACUCGAACAGAAACAACUACUAAAACUGUUGCAGUCAUUAGUUUAGCCCCUGCGAAACAACCAAAUAAUAAUGUACAGCAGUAUAAAAUUGUUAACCCAGCACAGAAUUCGGCUCUUUCCCGUUUGCCAGUCUUAAGCGCUGCCGUGCUGUCCCCGCAUACUAAUACAAAGAUUCUUAAUGAGGUUUCUCAAGCAACAGUUGCUUCUGUAUCUAUUGCAAAUCAGACAAUUUCGGUACCAGUGUUGAAAAGUCUUUCAGUUCCGAUUGCUAGUGUUACUGGACAUGCAGGCGGUAUUUCCAAACCACAAAUUAAGAAAGUUCCUCUUAACAUAACUAAUCCGCCCUUGACGGUAAACAUGUCAUCCCAGUCUUUGUCAAAACCAAUAAGUUCUGUUAUAAGCGUAAUUUCUUCUAAUGUUGCUAAAAAUGUUAGUAUGAAUCCAGUAAUAACGCUAGCAACUUCUAAUACCAUUGCCGGAGCAUCAAGAGUUCCAGUAUCAAUUCUGACACAGCAUCAAGUUAAACAAAAAAUUGUCAAAACUAUUGAAAAGCCUAUGGCGCUAUCUUUGUCAAAUACUAAAUUAUCAAGCUUGUCCGUAACCCACGAUGCUACAUUACCAGCGAAGAUAUUUCAAGAUGAUGCCGCGUCACCUGAUAGCACUGUGACUUCUGAAAGUCACUCAGACAUGCAAAACCCUAGUGGGUCCCAACGAUUACUUUCGAUUGCAUCUCAUGAAAUGUCACAAAAAGAACAUAAAGACAAUAAAGAUAUUGAUAUUGAAAGUGAGAUAAGUCAACAAACAGAGCUACCUCAUACGUUGUGUUUAUCUGACAGAACGCCGCUUCUAUUAGGGAAAGCUGACAUUAAAAGUCCUGACCCUAUACCUGAAAAAAUACCGGACAAUAUAAUGGAAGGUGACGAAGACGAUAAACCAGAAGAUAACAUGCAAAGUCACUUACUACUGACUUAUAAUAAAACAAUCCAAGAACAACCAAUAACAAAUACAGCAUCGUCAGACAGUAAUCCGGAUGAAAAUGUCGUGAAAACUAUUAAGGCAAUUGCAAACCAAACUAAAGAAAUGGUCAUCGAUUCGAAUAUGCAAAUAACAUCGGACUUAACACAAGACUCUGUGCAAAUUUCGAUACCUUCUCCUACACCAUCUCAAGAAAGAUAUCUUAAUGACAUAACUAUGCGAGAACAUUCUGAAACAGUCGAAGGUAAUUCGAAACAUGUGGAAUCUUUUGAAGAUAUGCUAUGUAUGCUAGAAAAUAUAACUGACGAUACAAAGACUUAUGGUAUGAAACAACCAAAUCAAAAGAAUAAUCCACCUCCACAGAAUUCUAGUGUAAGUGCAAACAACAUUUCCAAACCCGAGCAUAAGGAAACACAAGAAUCACCAAUAUUUUCAACUAGGGAAUCUGAAAGAAUCGCUCUACAAUCUGCAACCGUACCACAGUUAUCGCCACUCUCACAACCAGCAGAAUUAACGUCUAACAUGGCUAAUGUUUCACAACAGUUACGUACUAUUAUGUCUUCUUUAAAUACAAACUCUUCCAAAGUCGAAACUCAAACGAUAAUAAGAAGGAACAGUGAUGCAACAACCCCAACUCAAGUCAAUUUUGAAACUUUACUUCCAUCUUCAAAAGUUGAAAUUGCAACAUCGCGACCAUCCCCUGUUCAACGAAUAGAAAAAUCUCAAGUAUCUAAUCCCUGUUCGGAAUCUGUUCCAAUGAGUGCAGCGCAAUUAAUCGGUUCCCGAGUAAAUACACUUUCUACAAUGGGUCAAAUGAGGAAGUCGCCUACAGUUUCACCAGUUAAUUCUCCUGUUGGAUUACAAAAUACUCUCAUGAAAUCUCCAGCACAAUCUCCUUUAUUAAAUCAAAAUCAAUCCUUUAAUCUAAGUGAGGAACCUCAAUGUUCAACCACUAUGACGUCUCAAAUAUUACAAAUGCCAGCUUUGUCCAAAAUACACAGUAGUACUUCAACACCUACAUCGAUGAUGCUACAGAAUAAUAUUACUACGACAAGUAUUAGUGGAUAUCAAAAAACUCAAUCUUUGCCUACGAGUAUUUUGGGCCAUACAUUACUACAACCCACAAGGCAAAUAAAUACCAGUAAUUUACAAUUUAAUCCGCAAAAUAUAAGUUCAAGUCAACCACCAGCAUUAGUCAUGACUUCGAGGACAAUUAUUGGUAAUAAGGAACCAGCUCCAAAUGUUACAGUUCGUACGCAUAGUAUAGUAAACCCUAAUAUAGGGCAAAUUCAAACAAAACCAACUCAGGGCUCAAUUAACUUUAUAACAUCUUCAAAACUUUUGCAUACACAAUUAACAUCUCCUUUGAAAAGAUCAAAAUCUACCGAUGAACCAAAAAGUGAGAUCAUUGUCGGUCACAUUCAGCCUACUAAAAGACAUAGUGUCGAAUCAGUUAUUGUAAAAUCUGAACCCAUGGAAACCGAUGAGUCAAAUGAUCCAUCAACUACUGCAACUGACAAUUCGGGGACAAAAAACAUUCAUCAAAAUGCACAAAAUCAAAGGAAUAAUGAUGAAUCACAGAACGUUUUGCUCAAACAACUUUUACAAACGACCACUACGUCGUCAAAUGUAGUUCCUCAACGAACCAUGACUAUACAGAGAACUGCACCGGCGCUAGGGACUAUACCAUCAUUAGAAGCGCAGCUAGCGAGACCAUCGAUACCACCUCCUACGUUAGGAUUGACUCAAGAAGUAGAAAUACCCAAAAAUUCUCCACGACAUAUAACUACGUCCACUUCCCCAUUUACUAGUCGUCCAAUGCAAACAUCUAUACCUACGUCAUCGAUUUCACCUUUAAUACAAAAUUCGACACAAUCUUUAAUGGACGUACGAAAACCACCAAUGAAGUUGUUAAAUAAAGAAGAGACGACACCGAUACCUGAAUGUUCGCCAACAAUGAAAACUUUACCAAUGUAUCCCUUAAAUAUAGAAAAUCAACAAUUGCAACAACCUAUAAAGAAAGAAGUAGCUCCACCACAACAAAGCCCUGUACAUCGUCCUUUUACACCACUGGAUGUUAAGAAGGAGCUCUUGGACGAAAGUUCUCAGCAAUCAGCUACCUCCGGUGUCUCAACUGCAUCUGAUCAAGGAAAGUUAGAUCAACCAAUGAAAGAAGAGUUCCCUGAAAGUGUAAACAUGGAAACUUCGUCAGAAAUCAACCCUUCAGAAACUCCGUCAGAAGCUAAGAAACGUAAACGGCGAGAAUAUCAACAAAAGAAACGCAAACAGUUGCAAAUGAAUAUGAAAGCAGCUGCUGAAAAUAAUAUGAAUGCCGUUAAUGCUAAGAAACGACCUCGUAAAGGAUCUAGAUAUGAAGAAGAUUACGAUACAUUUAUCGAUAACUUAAUGGGUCAGUUAAGACUAUUACCACCUAUGCAAAUACAAGAGCCCGCUUUAACUACUAAUUUUGCAGUGUGUCCUCUUUUUGGUUCAGGCGAUCUUACUAAAUUAAAGAAUAAAGAUUACGAUAUUCUUAAAGGUGAUUUAGUAGGAGAGUUUGGUAACGCAAAAAUUCCCAAUGUUGCUGACUAUUAUAAUACCAAACCAUUCGGUGAUGAAGAACCAUUACCUGAAAAACCAACGGCGUCCACACAACGUGGUUUUUAUGACCAAGAAUUUCAACCGAUUAUAUUUGAUGAAGACCCAGAGGAUAAAAAACUUGACUUUAUUUGUAAAGAGCGUGACACAGACACUCCAGAUACUAUUGUCAGUUGUUCUAGCCCGGAAGGCUAUGAAAUUGAUCCUGAUGAUAGAUUUCCGUAUCUUAAACCUAUUGAUGAUGAUGACGACGAGGAGGAUGAGGAAAGUUCUAGUUCUGGUAAAGUUUCGCCUGUAGUAUCUCUUAUUGCUCCAAUUCCGAUAAGAGUUAAGCCUUUAUCAUUAUACCAACUAAAAGAUGAAGAAGACAAUCAGAAAUCACUAAAAUGCUUAGACACUGAUGCUCCGCUUAAAACUAAAAUAGAAGACUCACCUGGUAGCACAGAAAGCAAUGAGAAUGUUACCGUUACUCUUACUCUCACAUCUGGAGCUGCUGAGGAUAUACUUGGCGUUUUGAAAGAACUGGCAGGCAUAUUGCAUAUUCCACCACCUACUUCAUAUCAAAUUAUAGAACGAACAGCCACACCGCCAUCGCAUAAACUGGGAUUGUACAGAUCUAAAGGCAAAGAUGGUAAAGAAGGAACACCAAUCGACAUUCAAAGUAUCCUUAAUGGUGCAGCAAAGUUUUGUCGGCAUUGCGACGUAGUUAUUUUAGAUUCCGUUGUAAGAGCUAAAGCAUCCGAAUUUCCGCUUCUAUCGGCAAAUAAGGGUAACGCGGAAGAAAUUUUGUGUGAUAGUGAUUCCGAAUUAUAUUUCUGUAGCGCUCAAUGUUAUGAGAGAUUUGCAUGGCGUCCGACGAAUAUAAUUUUAGAUGGUAAAUCAAAAACACCAAUUAAGGAAGACAGCAAGUCAGAUAUUGAGAUGAAUCUUUCAAAAGAUCGAGAUGACUUCGACACUGCAUCGACCGAAAGUAUGGAAACGGAUGAUUUAGAUAUAAAGCCUGAUAUUAAAGAUGAAAAAAUGGAUCUAUCAUUUAUCGAUUCAUUAGACAACGAUGAGCUAAUGAAAGAAGUGGGUGACGACGUUAGUGCUCUCGACGAGGACUUAAAGAGUAUAGAACAAGACGAAAAGAGCAAUCAAAGCGUGGAGAAGGAAAAAUACAGAGGCAUUCGUUACAAAUUAUGGGCACCAGGCUGCAUUGGACCACCCAUAAAAUACAAACGCCCGACGGACCGAGAACUGACUGAACUCGUUUUUCGGACGGGUGUCGCUAUAAUGCCCGUUACGAAUGAGGACACCCGUAAAUGUGAACUAUGCGGUAUCCAAGGAGAUGGCGUAGCAGACGGUGUGUCAAGAUUACUAAAUUGCGAUGUGGACAGGUGGGUGCAUCUUAAUUGUGCCCUCUGGUCUGAAGGCGUUUAUGAAACAGUGAGUGGGGCGCUGAUGAACGUCGAUUCAGCUUUGGUGGCCGGUUCGAGUGCGACUUGCGCCGUAUGUCGGAGACUCGGAGCGACCGUGAGAUGCUUCAAAGUGCGAUGUGGAAGUCUUUACCAUCUUGGAUGUGCUGUUAAGGACAACUGCGUGUUUUACAAAAAUAAGUCAGCCUUUUGCUCUUCCCAUGCACCAAAGAACGAGAAGGACAACGAGUUGACGACGUUGAGCGUCGGGCGGCGCGUGUUCGUUUGCCGCGACGAGCAGCGGCAGGUGGCGUCCGUCAUGCUGCACUCCGACACCAACCACCUCAUCCGCGUUGGCGGCCUCAUCUUCCUUAGCCCCGGCCACCUGCUGCCGCACCAGCUCGCCGCCUUCCACACGCCCAACUACAUAUACCCCAUUGGAUACAAAAUCGUUCGGUUCUACUGGUCGAUGCGGCGUGCCAACAGUCGCUGCCGGUACGUGUGCUGGAUUUCCGAGGACGAGGGCCGGCCGCGCUUCCAUGUACGCGCACAGGACGAGCGCCAGGAGAUGAGCGCGCCCACGCCGCGCGCCGCCUGGGCCGCUGUGUUAGAUGCGGUGGCCGCUCUGCGAGAAGAACGCAGAGAAGAGGGCGUCUUGAAACUGUGGCCAAACUACGUGACUGGAGAGGACUUAUUCGGGCUCACCGAGCCUGCCGUUGUCAGAGUUCUCGAGAGCUUACCUGGCAUCGAGACGCUGACGGACUACCGGUUCAAGUUCGGGCGCUCGGCGCUGCUGGAGGGCGGGCUGGCCGUGAACCCGUCGGGCUGCGCGCGCGGCGAGGCGCGGUGCGCGCGCGCCUGGCGCCGCGCCGCGCGCUCGCUGCUGCCCGCGCCGCCCGCGCCGCCGCUGGACCACGCGCACGUGGCCUGCCCCUACUCCAAGCAGUUCGUGCACACCAAGAGCAGCCAGUACAAGAAGAUGAAGCUCGAGUGGCGCAACAACGUCUACCUCGCCAGAUCGAAAAUACAAGGAUUAGGACUAUAUGCAGCACGUGACUUGGAAAAACAUACAAUGGUAAUAGAAUACAUCGGGGAGAUUAUUCGUUCCGAACUUUCCGAGAUCCGUGAAAAGAAAUACGAAGCUAAGAACCGUGGCAUCUACAUGUUCCGGCUGGACGAGCGGCGCGUGGUGGACGCGACGCUGAGCGGCGGCCUGGCGCGCUACAUCAACCACUCGUGCCAGCCCAACUGCGUGGCCGAGACCGUGGAGGUGGACCGCCACCUCCGGAUCAUCAUCUUCGCCAAGCGCCGCAUCGCGCGUGGCGAGGAGCUGGCGUACGAUUACAAGUUUGACAUCGAAGACGACGCGCACAAGAUCAUGUGCAUGUGCGGCGCACCCAACUGCCGCAAGUGGAUGAACUGAACUCGCGACCCUCUGGGCUAGCCGUUGUCCCUGUAGGUACCAAAGUGUUUUUACGACCUUCUGAUGAGUAUUUUUAAAGUAAUGGAUUUCUCUUUAUAAGCUCACGUGUGAUGUAAACUGUAAAUAAGACAAUAUCGACAGAAUUUUACAGAUAACUUUCAUUUUACGGCAACUUUGUAGGUCCACGUCGAAUAUUAGAACGUGCGAACGCUUUGUACAUAGUAUAUUGAUUGAUAUGAAAUCAUUGUUGUUAUUGAAUUUAAUGUUUUAGAUGUGAAUGUUCCGAUAUUAUAUGUAGGUUUGGAUUAAAUUUAAUAUCGCCAUAAUCUAUCCAUGUUUUUUACGACUGGUUCAUUACUUUGGCAUAUUAUUAUAUCUUCAUUUGUUAAUGACUAAAGUUUAUUUACUCGUUGAUAUCAAUUUUUAUAUUUUCACGAUUAUUUAUGUAAAAUUGUAUAUGUUUUUGUAAAUGUGUAUUUUUAUUUCAUCUAAGAUAUCGCACUAGUGUCGAUGUUUUCACAAUAUUAUAAAAAAUAAUUAUUUAUAAAUAAAA